AUGUCGAACAUGGGCCCGGUCAUCAAGGGGCAAGUCAAGUAUCUCUGUAAUGGAGAUGCACCAUUCAGAGCCAUAGGCGCAGUUCUGUUCCUAGUGGUAUCGGACGAUGUUUGGCAGUUUCACAUCGGAUCAAUUACGGGAAACUCUUUUGUCCACGUCCAGGGAAGGCUGAUAACUGAAGCUCAAGGACCUGACACGAUUCCUGUCCUAGGCCAUAUUUACAUUCGUCGCCUCAUCAGUGCACGAGGACGAUGA